UUGCCCAUUACAAUCGUUAGCUUCAAAUACAGGAAUCAUCUGACGGAACAAGAGAAACACUACAUACUGUAAUUGACUGUCAAUUCAUCAUCUGACGGUUUGGAGUCGUUUAUUUUUUGAUAUAAAAUGGGAGCCUGUAUGGCGUUGUGCUCUCUUGCGAGCUGUGCCUCAUGUUUGUGUGGCUCUGCUCCAUGUCUGCUCUGUGGCUGUUGUCCUUCUUCCAACAACUCCACUGUCACCCGGCUGGUCUUCUCUUUCUUCCUCCUGCUGGGAACACUGGUGUCUGUAAUCAUGAUCUUGCCGGGCAUGGAGACGCAGCUCCGCAAGAUUCCUGGCUUUUGUCAAGGGGGGACCACAAUACCAGGGAUCGAGAACCAUGUUAACUGUGACGUGAUUGUCGGCUACAAAUCAGUCUACCGCAUGUGCUUUGCUAUGGCGUGCUUCUUUUUCCUUUUUUCUGCAAUUAUGAUUCGUGUAAAAAGCAGCAAAGACCCUCGUGCUGCUUUUCAGAACGGGUUCUGGUUCUUCAAGUUUCUGAUUCUAGUUGGCAUCACUGUCGGAGCCUUUUUCAUCCCAGAUGGCACAUUUCAUGAUGUUUGGUUCUACUUUGGUAUUGUGGGCUCCUUCAUGUUCAUCCUGAUCCAGCUCAUCCUCCUAAUUGACUUUGCCCACUCCUGGAAUGAGGUGUGGAUGAGGAAUGCUGAGGAGGGCAACAGAAAAUGUUGGUUCUCAGGUCUGUUGUUCUUUACUAUCCUGCAUUACGCCCUGGCCUUUGCUGCGAUUGUGCUGUUUUAUCUAUACUACACCAAACCUGACAACUGCGCUGAACACAAGUUCUUUAUCAGCUUCAACCUUAUUCUCUGCAUCAUCGUAUCUGUGGUAUCCAUUCUGCCAAAAGUGCAGGAUGCCUCACCUCAGUCUGGUCUGCUUCAGUCCUCUAUUAUUACUCUGUACACUAUGUAUGUCACCUGGUCUGCCAUGACCAACAAUCCUAAUCGUGAAUGUAACCCUAGUUUGCUCAGUCUGGUAUCCAAUAUCAGCACAAAUGAGGCAAUGCCCACAAGCUCCCCUGGGAUGGUGCAGUGGUGGGAUGCUCAAGGCAUUGUGGGAUUGGUUAUCUUCCUCUUCUGCACCUUUUAUGCCAGCAUUCGUUCAUCCAGUAAUGCUCAGGUGAAUAGGCUGAUGCAGACAGAGGAGGGAAAGGGCACUGUAGGAGGGGAGGAGGUGGGCGAAGAUGGUCUGCGGCGUGUUGUGGAUAACGAAGAGGAUGGCGUCACAUACAACUACUCCUUUUUCCACUUCCACCUCUUACUGGCCUCUCUCUACAUCAUGAUGACUCUCACUAACUGGUACAAACCUGAUACAACCACUCAGGCCAUGCAGAGCACUAUGCCUGCAGUGUGGGUGAAGAUCAGCUCCAGCUGGCUGAGUCUGGGGCUCUACCUGUGGACGCUUGUGGCUCCUCUCAUGUUCCCCAAUCGAGACUUCAACUGAGCUUGAGUGGGUGAGAUUCCCUCACCCAUUCAAACUGUCCAUGUUUGCAUUGUGGUAGAAAUAUUACAAUCCAAAAACCAUUAAAUAGCAUGAUUGAAAGCAAUUCAAAUCUGAAACGGACAAUUCGUGAUUCGAGAAAUUGCAUGGACAAAAACAAAAGUAUAUGAUGCCGUGACAAGUAUUUAAAAAAAAUGCAAAAAUUACACUUCAGUCUGUUUCAGUUGUUCAGUAACUUCACACGUCACACGUGAGGAAAGUUAGAAGUUGCCAUGCAUCGUUAGACGAUCUGACUUUAGGCGCUUCUCAGUACUUUCAUUGAGGUUUGACAACUGAUGCACAUCAACACUUAUUUUUUCUUUAAAUUAAUAUUCUUUUAAGUCACAUCUUACCAGUUUAGUUUAAAUAAAUCACAAAUGUCACAUAAUUAGCAUGUACAUACUUGCUUUAUUAAGAAUGUCUUGAUUUAUCAACUUUAUCAUUUUAACAUUAUGGCAAAUCUCUGAAGCACAUAUAUAUCUACACAAAGAUGUCAUUUUGAAGAGAUACUCAAGCCUUUUCCAUUUUACAAAUACGUCUUGCUUUAAUUCCUCCAUCCUUGCAUCUCAUCCUUGGUUCCUAGGAUCAUAAGCUAUAAUGCAAGUAAAGGAAAUGAGAAGCAGCCUUUUUGUUUAAUGAAUUAUUCACUGCUGUCUCCUUUCUUACACUACUUCUCAAAAGUUUGGGGUUUUUGAAAGUCUCUUAUGCUCACCAAGGCUGAACACAGUAAAAACAGUAAUAUGUUAGAUCAAAAACACAGUAAAAUAGUAAUAUUGUGAAAUGUUAGUACAAUUUCAAAUACCGUUUCUAUUUUAAUAUAUUUUAAAAUAUAAUUUAUUCUUGUGAUGGAAAAGCUGAAUUUUCAGCAUCAUUACUCCAGUUUUCAGUGUCACAUGAUCCUUCAGAAAUCAUUAUAACAUGAUGAUUUGGUGCUCAAGAAACAUUUCUUAUUAUUGUCACAGUUGAAACGGUUGUGCUGCUUAAUAUUUUUAUGGAGACAGUCAUACAUUUUUGAGGAUACUUUUAUGAAUAGAAGGUUCAAAAGUACAGCAUUUAUUUGAAAUGGAUUUAGAUACUUUUUAGAUGCAAUGUAAAAGUCUUUACUGCCACUUCUCAUCAAUUUAAAUGAAUUUCUUCCAAAAUAAAGCCUUAUUGACCCCAAACUUGUGAACAGUAGUGUACCUAUAGCGUAGAUGCCCCAUGUCCCCACACAUAAAAUAGGUUAGAUCAGUUUUUUCGCCUCUGUGUUGUCGACACCCUCAAUAAUUCACCUCUCAUGGUCCUUAAGGGUUAUUUCGCUAUCAUUUCAAACACAAUAUUGCUAUUGGUGUGUUUUAUAAAGUCGAUAUUGCUCGUUUAUUUUGUAUUGCAUUAAGGUACUCGUCAGUUUAACAAGUGUAAGCUACUCAAACCUGACGCCACACAUUUCCAGUGCAACAAAUAAACUCAAUAACUGUCCUACACUUGUAGUGGUCAGCCACGAAUACAAAUAUGCAUAAUACUGCUCCUAGUAACCUACUCUACCUGAAGAGGAAACCUUUUUUACAGUGAUAGCAUUUCAACAUCAGGGUCUUCUUCAAUGCAUUGUUCAACAGACUCUCUAUAAUAUACAAUUUCACUCCGAUUUAGCACUUUUUUUUCCUCAAUUAAUUGGGAGAGAGGGCAGCCCAUGUGCACUGGGGGGCUUAAACAGGGGACCGUUUUCACUACAGGUCCUCUGUAGAGCCCUUAAAACUUGUGCAUCCAGAAGAUAAGCCCAAUCUGACACUCCCUUCCCCAGUACAGCUCACUACACCAUGAGGUCACACACUCUGACCAGGGUCUCCAGCACUUCCAUGAACUACAGACUGUGCUGAAACAUUGAUCGCUGAUCCAAAUUAAUAUAAUAUGGUGCUGCCAAUCCAUCAAAGCCACAUGUUAGCAUAUCUAGUUUGUCGUUUGGGCAGAAUGCUUAAGUAAAAUGUACUUUAGUGUGGCAAUAGGUAAUUUAGUGUGGAAAAAACAACUUAGGGCUAGUUAAUAUGUUAAUAGUUGAUGUAUUUAAUAGGUAGAUGUUGUUCCCGAAAAUUUAUUUUUUUUAAUCCUUCCCCCUGUGACACUUAGUUUUUGUUUUGUUUUUUAUAUAAUGACUUUUAUUUUUAUUAUUAAUUUUUCUUUUAAGCACAUGCUGGAUUUAAAAUUACAUAAGAUUUUGUUUACAAAACAUUUUAGUGACAAAAACCAUUUAGUUUACAUUUAACACUGUUAUGUAAGCAAAAUAUGAAAUUUCAUAACUAAGUAUUGUUGGUGUGUCAUUCGGUAUUGCUUGUGCUAUGCUUGUGACAUUGGAAGAAACGGAUUGUGAAGUAUGUACUGUAUAUAUAAAGUAUAUUUAAACUUUUUCCAAAGUAACAGUUUAACACAAGAAUGACGGUUCAUGUGUAGUCUAUUAUUAGAAGCAACAUACAUGAUUAGUAAUUCUUCAUGUGCCUUCGGCGAUAACCCGUCUUAUCAAAAGCAACCAGGUUUAUUUCAGACCUGCGGAGAAGUGCCUUUGCUGUUUUAUAACAUUUCAUUUUUCACACAAUAUUGCCCUUUCAGUUAUUUCUGUGGAUGUACUAUUUCAGUGAUCUGGUGUUGUUUGAUUUGUGUGUAUGCUGUAUAUAUUUCAAUAAACUCAUAUUAUGAGUUGGUUA